GACGUCAUCACUCCGCACCGUUAGGGGCUUUUGAAUGACCUGAGGCGCGUAAGCAGCAGAGCACCUGCAGCUCAUGCUUCAUGUUGUGUUUGGGGAGUUUACAGCUGAAUAGUUGAUCGUUUCUAUCGUGUUGUGUUGGUCAUAUUGUUCCCUGAUGGAGGAGUUAGACGUUGAGCCGGCUGUAACGAAUAUCCCUGCAGCCGGUGAUGGGUUGCAUUUGGGGUUUGCAUGGGGUCCAGGCGACAUCCUUGCGUAUGAAACCCUUUACAAAGCAUCAGGUGCUAAAGGAUCAGCCUCCCCCUUCAUCCACGAGGUCAGAAAAGAUGAGGACAUAUAUUCCCCCAUUUUACGCAAACUCUUCAACGAGUCCCAUCACAUCUUUGUUGGCCUGCAGACGAUUAGAGAGGACCUCCCCAGCAAGAACAAAAAACCCCAAUUUGUCAGCAUCAGUAAAAACUACAGAUCUGUGAUACGAGCCUGUAUGGAGGAGCUUCAGCAAGUUGCAGUUUCUUCAAAAGAUACAGACGUGGCCACGCAAUAUGGAAACCAGGUGUCCAUCCUGUUGGCCAUUGAACUGAUCUGGAAUCUGUGUGAAGUGCUGUUCAUCGAUGCUGCUCCGGCGGGUUCCCUGUUGCUCCACCUCCUAGACUGGGUGAGGUUACACAAGGCUGAUGUGGAUGAGAAGGCCAGAGAAGUGCUGCAAAGCGAGAGCCCUGCUGAGCACCACGACUACUGGGAUGUGGUGGUGAGUUACGUGCUGCAGGGCAGGUUGGAUGAAGCCAGACAGAUGCUGGUGAAGCAGGCCACCCUGCAGCCUGCUGCCAAGAACAUGUACAAGCUGAUGGACACUCUGCUCAGCAAGAUGCCCUUCUACAAUCCUGGCGGCACCCAGACACUGACAGAGUUUGAUGUGAAGUGGAGACACUGGCACCAGGAGGUGGACCGCUGCCUGCAGGACAACUCGUUCGCCAGCAACCAACACCUGGAGAUCAUCUGCAGGAUCCUAGUGGGGGAUGAAGACACGCUGCUGGAGCACAAGGAGCGACUGAGCACCUGGUACCACUUCCUGGUCACUAGACUGCUCUUCAGCCACCCAACAGUCAAACCCACGGAGUUGCACUACUAUGCACAGUCAUGCAUGACGAUGUUUCUGGACUCGCGGAGCGUCCCGGAGCCCCUGGACAGCAUCUUACUGGCUGCCUUUGAGUUUGAUAUCCACCAGGUCAUCAAGGACUGCAGCAUCGCUCUCAACAACUGGUGGUUUGUGGCCCAUUUGACAGAUCUGUUGGAUCACUGCAAACUCCUCCAGUCUCACAAUCUACACUUUGGCUCCAACUUGAGAGAGUUUCUCCUGUUAGAAUAUGCCUCUGGUCUCUUCACUCAUCACAGUCUGUGGCAGCUGGCCGUGGACUACUUCGACCACUGCCCAGAGUUUGGCCGCGUCUACCUGGAGCUGCAGAUCGAGCGCGUUCCUUUAGACACGGAGCGCAAAGCCCUCAAGGUGCUCAGGAUCUGUGAGCAGAGGCAAAUGUCAGAACAAGUGCGGAGUAUCUGUAAAAUCAUGGCUAUGAGGGCCUUGAGGAACAACAGACUGGGCUCUGCUCUCUCCUGGAGCAUCAGGGCCAAAGAUGCUGCCUUCGCCACCCUCAUUUCAGAGAGGUUUCUACAGGAUUACUGCAACAAAGGAACCUUCUCUGAUUUGGACCUGAUAGACAACUUGGGUCCAGCGAUGCUGCUCAGCGACAGGCUCACCUUCCUCGGGAAGUACCGCGAGUUCCACAAGCUGUACGGAGAGAAGCGCUUCAGCGAGGCGGCCAAGCUGCUCCUCUCCCUCAUGACGGCCAAGAUCGCCCCCCGCAGCUUCUGGAUGACCCUGCUGACCGACGCCCUGCCGCUGCUGGAGCAGAAAGAGGUGAUCUUCUCAGCAGACCAAACCCAUGAGCUGAUGUUCUGUUUAGAGGAGCUCACCAGCUCUCUGAACACCACAGCUGGCGGCACAGACAGGCCCAUGCAGGAUGAAGACAUCGAGCUGACCAAAGUGGAGCUCCUGAGACUCGCUCUGGCCAGGAACCUCGCCAUGGCCAUAGUCAAAGAGGGAACCGUAGAAGCGUGAAUAAAAAAACAAAGCUCUUUUGCAUUUUUAGUUUUUUUUUUGUAUUGUACAUAAAGUUCAAGUAAUCGAAAUGUGCUCUUUGAUAAUAAAACACUUUUCAUGA